AUGGCCGCCCAAAGUCCAAAUCCGGCCCUGGACGGGGAGUCCAGGGUCACCGAGAUCGUUGUCAUCCUCUCGGUGGCCAGCGUCUUCUCGACGCUGGCUGUCACGCUGCGAUGCUACUCCCGCGGCGUCAUCCUACGCAGCUUUGGCUUGGACGAUGCGAUCAUGGUUCCCGCGCAGAUCUUGACACUCGCGUCCGCUGUGGCCAUCGGUCUCGAGGCGAAGUAUGGUCUCGGCCGACACGCUUGGACGAUGCCAGAGGAGAACUUGAUCCCGUACAUGAAGGCCUUCUACAGCUCCAUCGUCGUCUACAAUAUCGCCGUCUGCAUGACCAAGAUCUCCAUCCUGUUGCAAUAUCGACGCAUCUUCAACAACACGGCUCUCCGGAAAUUCAUCAUCUUCGGCUUGGCCUUUCUGACUUGCUGGGGCAUCACCCUGUCGUUGCUGCUCCCCCUCGUCUGCAUUCCAGUUGCAGCAUUUUGGGACCCAAACGUCGACGGUUUCUGUCUCAACAACGCAGCCAUCUGGUACGUCAUGGCGGGCGUCAACUUAGUCACCGACUUCACCCUGUACGCGAUGCCGAUCCCUGUCAUCAGCUCGCUGCAGCUCCCCAAGAAGCAAAAGGCACUGCUAAUUGUUGUCUUUACUCUCGGCAUAUUCCCCUGCGCCGUCUCCAUCUACCGCAUCCACACCCUCGCCGCGGCCGCCCGGUCGACCGACCCGACCUGGGACAACGUCGACGCCGCCACCUUCUCCUUCCUCGAGCUCAGCGUCGCCGUGAUCACCGUCUGCCUGCCGACGCUGCGGCCCGUGCUGAUCCGCGGGCGCAUCUUCGCAUCCCUGCUGCGGUCCAACAUGCGGUCCAGCACUGGUCCGACCGGCGGCCGCCCGAGCCGCGCCACCUUCGGCAACGCGAGGUCCGGCUCGAACGCGGAGCCGUCCACGUUCAAGAGCAGGCUGCGCCCGUCGGACAGCACCGAGCGCCUGCGCCCCGAGGACUCGAGAUCGCCGCGCGGCCGGCUGGACCACCACGAUAUCGAGUUUGGCGAGCUGGACGGUGCGGGCAGCGGCGCGGCUGCGGGUCCCCGCAGGUACAGCGUCAGCGUGGUGGCCGGGUGCAUGCCGGAGAGCGGCAGCGUGCCAGAAGUUGGCGCUGAGGGGCCGGGCAUCAAGACGACCACCGUGGUUUCGCAAAAGGUGUCGUUCCAUGGUGGAGAGAGACCGUCCGACUCCGACGAGGAGCAAGGGAUCGGAGAGGGAAAGCUGCAGGGGAUCUAA